UGUAAACUCACCCUCGGGUUAAAGGAAGAGCGUGCCACACCAUAAGCUUCUUAUUCUUCUAUUUCGAAUACUAUCCCUUCUUCAUCGCCUUGUAAUCUUUGUCUGAUCAAUUCCCUUACUGAAAGGAUUCUUCAAGAUGCCCGUGGAAGACUAUGGUGUAUGGAAAUCCUUCCCUAUCACAUUCAACUUUGAACACAGAGACCCUGGGGAUCCUACCCCUCAUUUAUAUCUGUAUUUUGUCGAUAAGGAGAACAGGAUAGAGGAAAACAGAAACCAGUAUCCAUUACCCCCUUCUGGGGGUGAUUUCCCUGGCCAAACUGGACGACAUGAAGCGAAGCCCGGUUUGUUCGAAGCGGCCAUUAAUAUCAAAUCCGGGUUUAAACCCAAUCCAUUACUCGCCUUCUGGUACGAGAAAGACUUCAAGCAUCCCAUAACGGACAGACUUAAGGAGCUUGAUACGCCUAAAUUUUACUCCCUUCAAGGUCCAAGCGGCCGAGGUCUCGAUUACAUCCGAAGUAAUCUCUUUCAGACUAAAUCCGGAAAACUCGUUCCUCAUGAUACGCCUGAGAAGGGUGACGAUAUUAUCGAUUUACUACACCCACUAAUGAGGGAUGUGGUUGAGAAAAACGCUACCCUCUAUAUCUUUGGCUCUCGUUACGAAAGCGAAGAUGGUAUCCAUCAGGUUCAUAUGAACCAGGGCAACUACAAGACGAGGAGCGACAAGUGGUACGAGGAAAAUGGUAUAUUCCAGGAUGGUGGUCUCAUAAUACACUAUAGCGACGAACACAAUGCCGACAAGGACAAGUGGGUGGCUGUUUUUCUUGCAUUUGCGACACAGGCGACCCAUACUCGUGACACCCACCCGGAAGGAGUCCCUGUUGGAGAUGAAACCUGGUUUGAAUAUUUGACUUUCCGUCAUGCAGACAAUGUUCCAAGUAAGGGAGCGCCUGUGUUAAUCACCGAGGCUCUAGUGAACCCUGUUGGCCCUGAUGGUCAGCCAGGAACAGAAGUCGAAACAGUCACACUUACUAACGUCACGGAUGAAAACAUCUCUCUUGAUACAUGGAAAAUUCUUAAUUCACACGGGGACUUGGAACAAAUAUGGGGGAUAAGUAUAGGGGCCAAGGGAUCUGCAGUUGUUCAAGUACCAGAUUGUCCCCUUUCAAACAACGGUGAUACUAUUACCCUCCUUGACCCUAAUGGGAUGAAGGUACAUGGAGUUAGUUAUAAUGCGGCUCAGGCCAGGCGACCGGGAAAACCUGUUGUCUUUUCCAUCUAAUAUUUCAGUCCAGCUUGGAACCUGCUCUGGGGAAAGAAAAUUUACGGGUGUCUGACGGGCCCAGGAAAGGCCUAAAGGUCUUUUGUUGCCUUGCUCUUUUAUCCUCUUCUUUUCUUUCUUUCUUUGCCUUUUUAUCUAUGAUCUGAAAGUCUGUUCGCUAUCCAAAAGUGAUUUCACUAGCUCAGAUCAGAAUGCCACUUUUGAAGUCCACGUUCUUUAUAUCAUGAAUUAUUCUUCUUUUGGUUUCUUUUAUAGCUGGAAAGCUCCAAUAAUUCCGAAAGCUGAGUAUUUACUCGUGGGUUGAUGUCAAGUCUUAGGUAUACUCUGAUGAUUACAACUUCAUAACCCUUGCCCUUUUUCAAUAGGGAAUCAAAUUAAUGAAGUGAUCAAG